CCCAAAAAAGGAACUUGUACUGAUUUUUAUCAAGAAGAUAAUGAACUAUUUUAUGCUCCAAGAUAAAGAAACCUUUUGUAUUUAAAAUUAAUUUGUUCUUACAAAAUUGUGAAAAAAUGUUGUUUAUAAGUAAGAAACAAGUAGCAACUGCGAGUGUAGGCGUUUACUAGGUACACAUUACUUUCAUAUACUAGACAAUACAUGUUGAAAAGGAAAUAGUUAUUAUCUGCAUACCAGAAACAUGCGUGUUGAUGAAACCGCCGGACGCGAGUGGACAACCAAAUCGGACAAAACUGUACAAAAUGGUAUUUUGCCCUCAGCUAGCGGAAAUGCUCGCCAGUCUGAAAAUAAAACGGCAAAUGAUGAAGAUGAAAUUUCGGCACGAUCUAAGAAUAUUGCCGGUGACCGACUGAAUGACGCCACUAGCGACAAACACAAUCCAUCUUUCAAUCAAGGAGCAGAAAAUAGCAAAACUGUGAGCAAUAAAUCUACAACACUAGACAUAUUUUCUGAAGUGAAUGACAAAAAUGGCUCGGAAAACAGUAUCAUACUGCCAGAUAUUAACAAAUCUGCCAGUUUGGACGGAGCAUCCACUGCUUGUCGCACCAUGGACGCCGUUUACGAGGGAGCCUCCCCUUCCGGUCGCAUCAUAAGCACCGAUCCGAACGGCGUCUCUACUUCCGGGCGCACCAUGGACACUGUCCUCCUGCAGCAGAGGAUCGACAGGUACGAACAAAAGGACCCAGCGACGUCCGAGGUUGACCCGGGCUCUCUGGCAGAGGAGAUGACAAUCGCAUUGAGCCGGUUGAGCAGCCCUGUAGACGGUCCCUCCAAACCGGUAGCCCUCGAUCUGCCACCCCAGAAACUACAACUGCCUGGCGACAUAGGGGAACAGAAAACGUCCCCUCCUUCUCUUCCGGUGCAGGUAGGGAAAACUCAUCCAAGUCGGCAGAUCGUGGUUGCUGAUACAGGUAAACAGGAAAAACAGCCUGGACAGGAACCAGCUGAUAAUCGAGUGAAAGAGGGACAGCGGACGGAUAGACGAAAGGCGGUAACUACCCGGAAAGUGAAAAUAACCUUGGACAAGAAGAAAUCUGCAUCUAAACAAUACAAAACUGAUGACAUGAGUUUUCUCGACCUGAGCCCUCGCUCUUACCAUGGGGCCUGGAGGACUGUCGGUCGCGGUGGAGGCGGAGACCGCAAAGGUCGGCUGGUUGACAACCAUGUGAAGAAGCAUGCGCUGUACCACGCGCGGUUCGCGGCCGCCCCAGACCGCCGCCAGGCCUUUUACCACGCGCGGUACUAUUACUACUCGUCCAACUUGAUCUACUCGAGGUACCGCAUCUCCCGGGUCUUCAUGAGAAAGGAGAAAGCUGGUCUGCAUUUGAUGCGGCCGGAAACCAACUACAUCCGAUUGUGUCUGGCAUGCGUGGAAGUCGGCACGGAGCUGCUGAGGGAUGCUUUCCGGCGCUUCCUUGGCAGCAUGCAGCCCUACCAGACGUUUGAAUUCUUCUUGGCCGCAAACCGGAAGAAGAUCACCGGCUACGCAUCGACUGAGAGAAUCAUAAGCUCAAGAUGGAAGACCAUUUAUCCAGAAACAGGGGUGGAAGUUCAGCUGGAGCAGCUUGAUCACGUGUUACUUUUCUGGUUAUUACGUCACAUGUGUAGGUACCGGCGAGUGAAUGACGUCAUCUGGCGAUGGAAGGCAGCAAAGAGUGACACUAGCGAGGUUGCAGAUGUCACCAGGAUUCGCGACCUCCGCAACUUUCUUCUUGACAUAAAAGAACGGACACUAUUUGAAGACGAGUAUAAAAGAAAAAUUGAUGAUUUCAAGAAAGUAACCAAACGACUGGCCAGUGAGAGUUCAAUCAAGGAACGCCUCGAUCGCUUAGAUGCUUUACAGAAGAAAGAACCGGAAGUCAGUGACACAGAAAAGCUUGUUCUGUUGUUGAAGGGUUGGGCAUCGGAACUUGGCGAUAGAAACAUCGGCAAGAUAGCACCUCUGAAGCAAGCUUGGGAUGUCGUCAAUGAGACAAAAGAGUUCACCCGGCGGUUCAUGUCGCGGCAUCGGAAGCCAAAACUGUUCGUGAAGUUCCGGUCGUAUGAGGCAGUGGCGGAAACAAUUGAGAAGCACGGAGUCGUAGUUAUUGUGGGCAACUCAGGGGAGGGUAAGACGACCGCGGCUGUAGCGCUGCUAGCAAGUCGAUGGGACGCGGACGAGGCUGUGGUUUUGACGGACCCUUCGAAGUUGGGUUUCCUGGAUACGCGCACUGCCGCCUCACUGUUCGUGGACGAUAUGUUUGGCAGCAUGUACUUACUGGAGCAAGAUCUGCGGUCCUGGGAACCUAAGUUUGAACAGAUGUGGAGCUGCGCCAGUCAAGCACGUGCAGGCAAGCGGGCGUAUAUCGUGAUCACCAUGCGAAAACACGUGUAUGAUCAAUGCGUACAGACGCUUGCCAAAUACAAACUGUUCCACAAGGACCACAUCGUGGAAUUCAACUCUAAAGAUCUAACUUCCGCGGACAUGCGGCAGAUGCUUUCCUACCACAUCCUGGUUGACAGCCAGGUCCGUGCCGAGAUCUACCGGAACGCGCACCUCCACACGGGCUCCCUUGGAUUCCCCCAGUGUUGCGCCCUCUACGUCUCGCAGCGCCGCCUACAUGACAUGUGGGCACACUUCUUUGAGCAUCCAAUAGACGUUCUAGAAGGCGACUUGGAAACGUUACACCGGUCAGACAUCCACGCAUACUUCGCCCUAGUCGUGAUGAUGUUUCAACCGGGAGCCAGGCUUUACGCCAAAAAACUCAGGGAUCUCCAAGAUGAGACGUUCCUUCAGCAGCUUCAGUCUCUGGCAGAAGUGUGUAAGGUGCCCAUCACUGAGAAACUUCCGGAACAGCUACUGACGUCACUCUCAGGCCAGCUCACACCUUACGUCUACUGGGAGAAGAACAUAGACUGCUAUACGUUUUCGCACGAGAGCGUCAUGGAACUUAUGAUGUCAUCAUUUGUGAAACGGCACCCACAGCAUGUACUAGAAACGUGUGAGCUCCAGUUUCUGUUGGACUACGUGUUUACUGAGGAGAACCUUCUGAAGUCUCGAAACCAGGUGUUUGCCAUGCGUAUAUCACCUGACCACUUCUGGCUGCUCUCCCAAUCUAUCGACCACUAUAUCAACUACGGUCAUGUGGUUGCCAUGGCAACACACCGCGUGCUGCGUGACCCGGGCUUCCGGGAGUUCUUUUUCACGUAUCUGGAGAAGCGCGGGGAGUCCGAGCACAUCGUAUUGGCGGAGGAUAGCAGCGUCAAGGAAGGUGUCAGUCGGCGGCCUGUGGGUCUGAUGUUCUCAUCUAUAAAUCAGGACAAGCCCAAUGUCGGCCUGGUCCGGGCUCUCUGGAAAACAGGUUUAUACCAGAAGCACUCGAGUCCAUGGGUUGCGGGUGAACUGCGGUCCUCGCUACUGAUGGCGGUCCGGCGCGGUAGUCUAGAGGUGCUCCGACUGCUGGCAGAUGGUGGAAUCGAAAUUCCGCCUUGCCUAAUGGCAGAGAGCGAUUACUUGGGACGCAUAGACAUUGUCAAAGAGCUGCUCAAACGUGAGAAAUGGAGCCAGGAGCAGCUAGACGUGGCGCUUGUACGGGCGGCUCGUGUUCAGAGUGCAGGGGUGGAUGUGGUUAAGCUGCUACUAGGUGCCGGGGCAUCUCCCACGUCCAUUCGGGCCUCCAGCACCGCCCUUUGUGAAGCCGCCAAGGCCGAUAACGUAAAGACAGUGCAACACUUAUUAUCGUGCGGGGAGCCCGGGUGUGGCUCCAGUGUGACAGAGCGCGACCUUGCGGAGGGAACACCGCUUCAUCACGCAUGCGACGCCGGCCAUAUGGACGUCAUCCAGAUACUCCUGAAAAGGGACGCUAGCGUAAAUGCUCCGGAUGAACAGGGGAUGACGCCCUUUCUCGUGGCCGUUGGCUGGGGGAGGGAGGAGGUAUUACAGACAUUGCUAACGAAAAAGGUGAAUCCGUUACAUGUGGACGACCACAAGAAUAACAUGCUACAUAUAUGUGGCGCUACGGGUCACGAUGUUGUUAUGAAAAUAUUAGUGAAAAACUUUCCUGACGUGAUACAGAAACUGGCGAUAGCUCGGAACGUCUAUGGCUGGACGCCCCUUGAUUUCAGCUUCCGGUUGGGCCACCUUCAGGUCACGAAAAUACUCGUGGCGCAAGUGCUAAAGGUGUCCACACCGCGAAGCCUUGCAAGCCUCUCAGACUCAAAGACGUUUGUGCACACGCGGUUCAGUAUCGCUCGCCGUGAGGAAUUCGAUUUCCUGGAACCAAGUACUUGUCGUUUCGUGUGGGCGUCCGGGCAGAACGCGGUGUACCGGGUACCGCGGUGCAGGUGGCACAUUGAGGCAGCGGUGCCAGAGGAGUACGAGGAGACCCGGAAAUUUGUGGCAAAACACGAGGAGAAACUCAGAUGGUGCCUUGCCAAAACAUAAGGCACAUACAGGGAUACUUGUUUAUUUGAUUUAAAAAAAACAACAACAUUCAUUUCCAUUUAGUGAUUGUAACGUGAUCUGAAAGAAAUGCUUACUGUAAAUUAUAGCGGUAUAUUAUUACUGCUGUCAUCGAAAUCUUCAUUUACUAUUCCCGGUUACAUUUACAGAUGACGUCAACAGGAAUUAGUUUGUGUAUGUUAACAUCCGAAAUCAAAAUAAAAUGUUAAUAACAUUAAGUGUUUUUUCUGCGUUGUUUAACUUAGUCUUUUUGCAUGAUCAGCAUGCGCUAAUGAUUUUUGAGGUGGAAUUUUUAAUGAAUAUAAAAUGAAUAAGCGGUAUCAUGAACAACAAACUUGAAAAAGAAUUAACUGAUUUUCGAUUUCAAAUUCUAGUGAUUUGCAAUUUCAAAUACUAGUACGUGGUAUUCGAUUGAAAAACAUUAUAUAUCCGAAAAAGGUCGAUGAUCAAACCUUUCGAAUACUGCAGUCAAGCAUUUAAACUGCUCAGUUUUAACCAUAAUCACUGAAAUUGAUGGACGCUAGAUACCAGUCUUUAUAAAAAAUAUUUAUAGCUACGUGGUCACAAAUUCCCGAUAAAAUAUUUCUUAAAUGUUGUUGUUGUUGUUGUUGUUGUUGUUGUUGUUUAAACUCACUGAUUUAUAAAGCAUUAAAAUAUU